AUGGGUCUGCUGGACACCAGUGUCGGGCGGCAGCAGCGCAAACUGCGCGGAGAUAUGCGGAAGGCGGUGCUGGUAAUGCUGGAUGGCAGCGCAGGGGGGACGCGGGGCGUCCGUUGGGCGGACGCAUUGCAGCAGCUGGAGAGCCAGAGCUCGGUCCGCAUCAGUUCGGCGGAGUUCCAGCAGGUCAUUCGGGAACUGGAACAGGAGGGCCUGGUCAAAGUUGUCGGCGAGCGGGAGAGGCGGAUGAUUCGUCGUUUGGAGGGCGCAUGA